AUGGAGGUUCUCCCUGCACCUACGCCCACGGAACAGACUCCAACCAUUGUUCGCAAGGACGAUGGGCCGGUGCCUAUGUCUUUUCCUGCCAUCCUGCGGGCCCCUGGGAUCUCAGACCGUUUUGCGCAUUUACGCACCACUGCAGAUGACCUGAAGGAAGCAUCGUUUGCCCCGCUCGCCCCUAAGAAGAGCAGGAGGGACGAUAAUGAGGGCAAGCGGUGGAUCCGGCGUAAAGAGAACGCCCGCUUCGUGGGCAACUCCCACAUCGUGCCCCCAACCAAGCGGGACUACGCUGUACCCGCCCCCAGCAUCCAUGCGACAUUCCCGCAGCCCCUACCGUGCUAUCUCUCGCGUAACAACGCCGUCCCGCCCGCCGCGAUCCCCGCGCGCGAGCCCGCCUCAGCCAACGCAGGCCGCUUCAGCUUAAGCCUCAAGGGCAUGCGCCGCGAGCUGCGCAAGACAGGGCCCAGGACAGAGCUUCUCGUCCGCGAGGUCGAGGGGGAAUUGCUCGCCUGGCUGCGCGCGGGCGGCGUCCUCUUAUCUCCCGACGCCGCCGCACAGAUGUCUUUUCCCGGGGUGCGCGUCGGGAGCACGGACGCGAUCCGUGAGGUCGCGCGCACUCCCCUGCAGCUCGUGUGGUGGAUCGUGGACCAUGCCUUCACGCGGUACGUCGUGCACUGCUGUGCGCGCUACCACGAUGUCGUCAGUUUCAGCAAGGAGACGUCCGGCAAGCGCCUCACUUAUCUCCUGCGCCCCAACGUCACCCGCCCCAACCACGGCACCGCCGCCGGCCUCGACACCCCGCCCUCAACGGACCUCGACUCCGAGUUCGUCUCUGAGUUCGACCUCGUCUCCGAUCACGAGGUAGGCACCGACUCCGACGCCGACGGGCUCACCUCCACACCAGCAGAAGCACGAGCUCAAUCGCUUAGCGCGAUCGCAGAGGGUUCAGACGCCUCCGCGCCGCUAUCUUCUGAACUCCUCCCCGUGCCCACGUACGCGAGCGAUGACGCGUGGUCCGUCAUCGGCGACACUGACGCAGACGCCGAGGACAGCGAGGCCGACGCGGAGGCAGAGCGCGGCCUCCCUGCAGCCGUUUCUCCACUGGGCCUGCGUGACGCCGGCCAUGCUCCGCGCGUCCGGCAGGUGUCGCUGCGUGCGCAUGUGUGGGAGCGCUCCCGCCGCUCCGCAUCUUCGCCCUCGCGCUCGCCCGCGAGACGGACCUCGUCGCGGGUGCGCCCCCGUGUCGAGCCGCCACGCGUCGAGCAGCCGAAUGCCGCACGUUCGUUCUACGAGUAUUUGUUUGCGUGA